GUACUUCAACCUACAUCAAGUAAGUAUAAACGUAAGCGCUAUACAACGUAUCGAGUAAAUAUUUUUAAGGAGGAGGAAAUAAUCCCGUACCAGAACAGGAUGGUAAUGGGAGAGGAGCCAUCGAACUUCUUUCUAGAGGAUAAGGAUGGAAAGGUAAAUUCACAAAGCCAAAAAAAGAAUUAGUAAAGGCUGUGGACCCGCGGGCCGUGGCACAUCAAUCCUCCCGAAAACCUCAAACAGCGAACGGCGCACCGCCAUUUCAAAGAGAAAAGGACGCACAUGUCAUUAUUGCGUUUCUGCUUACUCGUUUUUGUCAUUUCAUCUUGCUCCCACUCCCCAAUACUCCUACUCUAACUCCCAUCACUCUCCACUCUCUCUGCAACUCCCCAAGCUCUUUCUCGCUCUCUCUCUCUCUCUCUCUCUUCACUGUGUUUGUUGUUAUAGCAAAGAUAAAUAAAAAGAAAAGGGGAAAGAAUGGGUUCUCGUAUUCAGUCUCACCAGCUGAGCAAUGGGCUGGUGGUGUCGGGCAGGCCGGAGCAGCUGAAAGAGAGGCAACCGACAAUGUCGUUGCGGGCAGUACCGUACACAGGUGACGUUAAAAAAUCCGGGGAGUUAGGCAAAAUGUUCGACAUCCCAGUGCUUGAUCAGUCCUCAUCCAACGGACCUUCUUCGAAUCCCAACUCCAAGCAGCAACAGCAACUUGUGCAACCUUCACGUACUUCCUCUUCUUCUCAGCCCAACAGUGGAUCCGUCCGAUCUGGGUCCAACUCAGGCCCGAUCAGGAAGUCCUCCGGGCCCAUGCCCCUUCAGCCUACCGGGCUCAUCACCUCAGGUCCUCUCAGCUCGGGUCCCAGGAGGUCGGGGCAGCUCGGCCAGGCCGAGCAAGCGGUUGCUGCGUCGGGGAAAGCAGGGUACGGGCCGGGGGUGACGAGUCUCGGGGAAGGGAUGAGGUUUGGAUUUAGGGUGUCGAAGGCAGUGGUUUGGGUGGUGAUGGUGGUGGUGGUGAUGGGGCUGUUGGUGGGGGCGUUUCUGAUGGUGGCAGUGAAGAAGGUUGUGGUUCUUGGGGCGGUUGGUGCGGUGGUGGCGCCCCUGGGUUUGGUAGUUUGGAAUUGUAUUUGGGGAAGGAAAGUGGUGGGGUACGUGAGGAGGUACCCGGAUGCUGAGCUUAGAGGUGCUGUUGAUGGCCAAUACGUGAAAGUUACGGGGGCCCUUGUUCCUAUAGCUGAGAGGAAAUCUCUGGAUGGUGUGGCAUACAUGAUCUCAAAUUUGAAUAUUGGUGGGGUUGUCACCUGUGGCAGCAUUCCUUUGGAGUCAUCUUACCAGAGGGUGCCCAGAUGUGUAUACGUUUCCACAGAAUUGUACGAGUAUAAAGGAUGUGGUGGUAAAUCCGCAAACCCUAAACAUCAUUGCUUCUCCUGGGGAUGUAGACAUUCUGAGAAAUACGUUGCUGAUUUUUACAUAUCAGACUUCCAAUCUGGAUUAAGAGCAUUAGUCAAAGCAGGCUAUGGAGCUAAGGUUGCUCCAUUUGUCAAACCAGAAACUGUAGCUGAUAUAACAAAGGAAAACAGGGACUUAUCUCCAAGCUUUUUACGCUGGCUAGCAGAGCGCAAUCUCUCUAGUGAUGACCGUAUAAUGCGCCUAACGGAGGGUUACAUAAAAGAAGGGAGCACUGUAAGUGUGAUGGGGGUUGUCCGACGCCAUGAUAAUGUACUCAUGAUUGUUCCACCAUCAGAACCUAUCUCAACAGGCUGUCAGUGGAGCCAGUGCCUCCUCCCAACAUAUGUUGACGGUCUUAUAUUUACAUGUGAUGAUAAUCAGAAUGAUGAUGUUGUCCCUGUGUAGUUACAUCCCAUUUCGAAUUAGUUUUUAUUUGCAACUGGAUGCCAAAAGUAAAUACUGUUAGUGAUGGAAAAAGGUGGGAAUAUCACAAUGCCAUAUUACCGUCUUCCUGUUCCUGCUAAUCAAGUGCAUGCAAAUGGGGUAGAAGACACAGAACAGCAAGACUGGAAUCCCAUCAUAAUCAAGGAUAAUCUACUCCUAAAUCAGCGUGCCUCAGCAUUAUGACUGAGUUACAUUAGGGGAAGUAAGGGUUUUCUUUUGCCUGAAGCUAGAAUAUGUUGUAUUGUGAAGAUCCAUGAGUUUGAGUUAAUGUACAUAAGUUGCAGAGGAACCCUUAAGGGGUUCAGAAAUGGUUGGUUUCUUUAUAGCCUCUGUAAAAAUUUUGUCUUUUGAGUUUUUAACUGUUUUUCACUUGAAUCAUGUGCAGUGUUGAUAAAUUACAUGGUAUAGAUGCUAAUAUUGCAACA